AUUUUUUUUUUUUUUUUUGCAGAGACAAGUUCUCACUAUGUUGCCCAGGCUGAUCUCAAACUCCUGGGCUCAAAUGAUCCUUCAGCCUCAGCCUCCAGAGCAGCUGGGGUUACAGGCAUAAGCCACCCACCCCCAGCCACAAAGACAUUUAUAACAAUAAUAUGGUUUUUCCAUGGCCAUGGACAGAGGUCUAAUUGUAGUGCUUUUAUUUCAAUUCAGGGCACAUACUGUAAGGAGAAAAAAUAAGUUAGGACCAGCAGUUUCUCAAAUAAAGAGGAGUGAUCAAUAAGAAAAAGCAAUUUUGGAAAUAAAUCACCUUUUCAAAAGCUGUUUUUCUUUUUGGAGGCCGACGGUCAUAUUACAAGGAGCUUGGAGCUCCUUAAAAUGGCCGAACAGAACUGGCAAAUGACAAGUGAUUUUUUCUUUUCUUGCUGAUAAAAAAAAAAAAAAUUAUGAGUCGGAUUUACCUCGACAGUGGCUGGUGUGAAGUGCCGUGGGGAGAUGGUGAUUUAGGUUCCUGGGCAGAUCGAUCACCACUACAUGAAGCAGCAAGUCAAGGUCGCCUUCUUGCUCUGAGAACAUUAUUAUCACAGGGUUAUAAUGUAAAUGCAGUAACCUUAGACCAUGUCACCCCAUUGCACGAAGCCUGCCUUGGAGAUCACGUGGCAUGUGCCAGAACUCUGCUGGAAGCAGGAGCUAAUGUAAAUGCAAUCACGAUAGAUGGCGUGACUCCGUUAUUCAACGCAUGCUCCCAAGGCAGUCCAAGCUGUGCAGAGCUGCUUCUGGAGUAUGGUGCCAAAGCCCAGCUGGAGUCAUGUCUUCCAUCCCCAAUGCAUGAGGCCGCCAGUAAAGGUCACCAUGAAUGUCUUGACAUCCUGAUAUCCUGGGGCAUAGAUGUUGACCAAGAAAUUCCUCAUUUGGGAACUCCUCUCUAUGUAGCUUGUAUGUCACAGCAAUUCCAUUGCAUCUGGAAGCUUCUUUAUGCUGGUGCUGAUGUACAGAAAGGCAAAUAUUGGGAUACUCCAUUACAUGCUGCUGCUCAACAAUCCAGCACAGAAAUUGUAAACUUACUGCUAGAAUUUGGAGCAGAUAUCAAUGCCAAAAAUACAGAGCUUCUGCGACCUAUAGAUGUAGCUACGUCUAGCAGUAUGGUGGAAAGAAUAUUGCUUCAACAUGAAGCUACCCCAAGCUCUCUUUACCAACUUUGCCGACUCUGUAUCCGAAGCUACAUAGGAAAACCAAGAUUGCACCUUAUCCCACAACUCCAGCUGCCAACGUUACUGAAGAAUUUCUUACAGUAUCGAUAAAACAGUAAAGUAAUUCUAAAUACCUUGAAAAUCAAAAUUUCUAUUUCUUUUGCUUAAGGAAUGUUCAUAUAAAAAUAUGCUAAAGAUAGGAUAAAAGUGAGUGUGAGAUCACCCAGGGAAGCAGUAAAAUAUCAAUUUUCAUUUUAAGUGUAUUAGUACUAUUGUUUUAUCAUUUAUGCUGUCUUUGGAUUAUAGCAUAUUUAUAAUACCUAUUUUUUGUUAUUUCAAUAUACCCUCUUGUUUAUUCAGGAAAAAAUAAUAAAGUCACUAUCUUAUGUUUUCUUUUGGAUUGGAAAGAAAUAAAGCUCCUAGUUAACUUAUUCAUAUUAUAUUUAAAAAGGUCUAUGUUCUUCAACUAAUGGGUUAACUUUUUAAUUUUGGCUAUUGUAAUUGGCUAACUUGUUAUUGAUAUUGACAUAAAAUAUGAAUAUGCUUAGCAAAGAGCAACUAAUAUGCUUUCUGAAACCAAGAUGAUGCUCAUUCAGGAAAUCCACUAUGUUGAAUGUCCACUGGUCAUUAGAAUGACUACUUCAUAAAGAUAAAUUGCCCCCCCACCCCCACCCCCCCGCUUACCCCUGGCAAAGGACUCACAAGUCACUUCUCUUCUCCAUAGUACAUGGACUUGUUACAGAAAAGUGAUAGGAUGAAAGGUCAAUACUGCCCUCUCACCCUGAGAUAUUUAGAGCAUUACACACCUUCUAAGGCUAUGUUAAGACUGCCUCCUUCUCAGGAGUAGCCCCUGAUGAUCUCUUAUCAAGGCGGUUAUAUGCAUAUUACUCCAGCCUUCUUCCAUUUCAGAAAUUGUCAAUAGCUAGUGAUACUUGGACUUAAGAAAAUGAACUAUAUAUCUAAUUAAUGAACAGGCCCUGGAUCAUAUUCCGGGGAUCAUCAAAUCAGUCCAAGGAUAUAAAAAAAUGGAAGAUUAAAAACUCAAAUUGUGGAGUUUUUAAAGAGUGGGUGCCACUUAACACAUUGGAGACCUUUAAAAAUGUAUAUAGAGAACUUAAUCGCACUGUUUCUAAUUCUUUUUACACAAAACAAGGGCUUAGAGUAUACUGUAUUUGCAAGUAAUAGCAAGAGAGUAUUGUAUAAAAGAAGAUAUUACUAAGCUAGUCCUCUGCAAGGGUAAAUACUAUGUUUAUUCUCUUCAGCUUUAACUAUACUUGAGUGCAAUAAAAAACUUAAUAAAAUUUUAUGCCUGUUUUGUAAUUCAGGGCCUAUUAUGAUUUUAGAAAUAAGAUAAUCAACAUACAACUCUUUGUAAAACAAAAGCAACUUUGGGUGAGUUUUAUAGAUUUAUUAAAUUUUGAUAAAGUAAAUAUUUUGACCACUAUUUUCAACAACCCAGGGCUUAUUUUCUUCUGACUUCUUGGCUAACUUCCAGACUAUGGGAAAAUAAAUUAUGAUUGUAUGUGACCCCCAGAUCACUAAGCUUGCAUUUUGGCAGAAAGAAAAAAAAUCAGUUGUGAUUUAAAACAUUUGUUGAGAUUUUCAAACAUAGAAAUAAAGCUGUAGCAUAUUCACUAAACAAUGUUUUAUAUGAGGAUAGGGACCUUUAAAUAUGUGUUUUAUAGAAUAUCUCACACAUUUGUAAUGGAUAACGUGCAUUAAAAUGGAGUUCUUAUUAUAGAAUAACCUGGUUAAACAGAUAUUAAAGCUGCUUUUGGGUAAAACAGGUUUCCACCAGUAUUUUCCCUGAGCUAGAGGAGAAGUCUUAGAUUUUAAGAGUAAUAAAACCCAUCUAUCUUAUUAGUCUUGUGCCAAUAAGAGAAGUAAAUAUCAAACAUUAAAAUGGUCACUUUACAAUUUCAGUAUGUCUGUACCUUGUAUCUUAGCUUGAGUAUGAUUGUCUUAUCAAAGUAGUGUUCUAACUUUAAUGUAUUGUAUGUUUGUUAUUAUAUUAAAGUGUGAUUAUUAUUCAUUGGAAUAAAACA